UCUUUGACAUGGCAGGUUUCCUUCUGAAAGUGAAAGAAUUAUUCGAACCCAAAAUUUUGCAGGGGGGCCUCCCUAAAGAUGAUGAAGUGGGGGGCUCAAAUAGUUCGUCGGGAAAUGGAGAUACUUUGCUCCAAAACUCUGGUUUUGCCACAUAUCUAAACCCUGCCCGAGCGAUUUUGGCUGAGAUGGUGGGGACUUUUAUUUUAGUGCUUUGCAUUUGUGGGAUCAUAACAAGCACUAGGCUAACCGGAGGUGGACCGGUUCUGCUGGAGUAUGCCACCACGGCUGGGUUAACAAUUGUUGUUGUGGUUUACUCCAUUGGGUCCAUAUCUGGUGCUCAUGUUAACCCUGCACUCACCAUUGCCUUUGCAGCAUUCGGCUUUUUUCCUUGGUCCAAGGUACCACUUUACAUAUUGGCACAAGUUCUGGGUUCUAUUCUGGCAACAUUGAUGGGAGAGUUCAUCUACGGCACUAAAUCAGAUCUUCUGACGACCCGGCCCAGCCAUGGUUGCCAGGGGGCUUUCAUGGUGGAGCUCGUCGCCAGUUUCAUCGUCGUGUUCGUCAUCGCAUCGGUCACCCGACAAUCACGUUCUGCCUAUCUCAGGAGGAUCACUGAACCCAGCAAGGUCAUUGGGACCUGCAAUUGUUUCAAGGAAUUUCCAUAAAAUAUGGAUAUAUCUCACGGCUCCUGUAAUCGGAGCUGUUUCAGGCGCUCUCAUGUAUCGACUCCUCCGUCUCAGGCCCUCCUUAUAAC